GUCGCCACCAGGCCCUCUCCCAGGACUUUUCCACCCUGAGCUCCUGACACGUCUCCAGCUGGCCAGGCUGAGUUGAAGAUCCCUCUUAUUUCCCGGAUGCCAAGAACUAUGAACAGUCCGGGUAAUAAAAGGACAACAAAAGAAGGAUCCAGUGAUUUGAAAUUCCAGAAUUUCUCUCUGCCAAAAAAUAGGUCAUGGCCUCGUCUCAGCGCUGCCAAAGAACACACUGGGCACACUACAAACACGGCUAACAUUUGCCUGGGGGAGUCAAGGCAAAGGAACUUGGCUGCAGUCCUGAGCAGAGCCGCGUACCCCAUUGAUGACAAUUACGAAGACCCUGAGCUUCAGCUGGCAGAAGCGUGGACGACCAUGAAGAUUUUACCAGCCAGGCCACUAAAGGAAUCUGAGUAUGCAGACACACGCCAUUUCAAGGCGGUGAUGGAUGACCCCCUCCCGUCACCACUGGACCAGCAAGGCCAGAGCAGGCAGACGAAGCAAGAGAUUCCUUUACCACCUCCUCGGCCUCCCCUCACUCUCCCAAAGAAGUACCAGCCCUUACCCACAGCACCGCCUGAGACUUCAGUAUCAGCCCUGGACAACUGCACACCUUGCCAUACCUUUCCAGAAGCCCCAAGAGGCCCCAGAUUCUCAUCAUCCGACAAGGCGAAUGCCAUCUUACCCCUCUCAGAACACUCGGAGGAUUGCAGCUGCCAUUGCCAGUCAGAUCAUAAAGGCAGCAUGCACUCCUGCUCUCUGCAGAGAUGCCCAUCUCCAGCCACUGAUGGCCCUUGUGAAAACAUGCUGCCCCAUAAAAACACCAGCCAGAGAGAACCUGUCCCCACCAUGUUGGAUGCAAAGGAGCUCCAGCACCAAGAAUGGUACGUUGGAGAAUGCAGCCGCCAGGCCGUGGAAGAGGCCCUGGUGAAGGAGAGCAAGGAUGGCACUUUCUUGGUUCGAGAUUGUUCCACAAAAUCCAGGGCAGAGCCCUACGUGUUGGUAGUGUUUCAUGGAAACAAAGUGUACAAUGUGAAGAUCCGCUUCCUGGAGAAGGAUCAGAAGUUCGCUCUGGGGACGGGCCUCAGAGGAGACAAGAAGUUUGACUCUGUGGAAGACAUGACUGAAUACUACAAGUACUUCCCUAUUAUGUUAAUUGAUGGGAAAGAUAAAACGGGGGGUCACAGGGAGGAAUGCUACCUCACUCAGCCCCUCCCUCUCGGCACACGCGUCGCCCCUUGGUAGCCCAAGCCUUGCUUUAUCCUCAGGUCAGUAGAUUCAAGACUUCUACCAGUUUGCAUGUAUUUCAGAUGACUAUUUUCUGUAUCUUCAAGAGAUGACUUUUAUCACUUUGUACAAAGAGAAGCAUUCUGUGAUGGAAACUGGAAGCUAAAGUCAAAGAAGUAUUUAUGACUUCCAGAGAUGGGAUCCCUGCUCUUCAGGAGGCUGAGAGCUGAAGGUCAUGAUUCAAAGUUGGCCCACACAGAAACACCUCUGAGACUCUUAUCUCUCAA